UUUAUUGUUAUCUCAAUUAUGUGUCCGUGAAUAAGAGAAGUAUUGUUAAAGUGACUAUUUUCUCCGCUGCUUUGAGAAGAGAAGCAAGCAGAUGAAAAUCCAGUGUGUAAAAAGUAGAGGAGAAAGGUGAAUGGUGGCUUGUGUUGAAUCGGAAAAGGAAUAAACCAUAAAUCCAUAACUGAAUUAACUGUCAGAUCAAUAACCCAAUUCCCCCAAAUUGGUAACAAACAAGGAAUUGAUCGGGUCGGAUCCGAAUCAGAUCCGUAUGGAGAUACUGCAAGAAUCUGGCUGGGAAGAGUUACGGAAAGAGGCUCGAAAAAUCGAAGGUGAUCUUGAUGUUAAGCUCUCUUCUUAUGCUAAGCUUGGUGCUAGGGUCACCCAAGGAGGUUAUGCAGAAGCUGGUUCGCCAACUUUAGGAUCCAGCAGGUCCUGGAAGUCCACGGAAAUGGAGAUUCAGUCAUUGCUUGAGAAGCUACUGGAUGUAAAUGAUUCUAUGAGUAGAUGUGCGGCAUCUGCAGCACCUACCACUUCUGUUACACAGAAACUGGCAAGGCACAGGGACAUACUUCAUGAAUUUACCCAGGAAUUUAGGCGUAUUAAGGGAAAUAUAAGCUCAAUGAGGGAACAUGCUGAACUUCUUAGUUCUGUGAGAGAUGAUAUCAGUGAGUAUAAGGCAUCAGGGAAUAUGUCCCCCAAAAUGCAGAUACUGAGGGAGAGAGCUGCUAUACAUGGAAACAUAUCUCAUAUUGAUGAUGUGAUUAGCCAAGCUCAAACAACUAGGGCUGCCUUGGGUUCUCAAAGAGCUUUAUUUGGUGAUGUUCAAGGAAAAGUGAAACAACUGGGCGACAGGUUUCCUGUCAUCCGUGGUCUAAUUGGUUCAAUCAGAAGGAAGAAAUCAAGGGAUACACUCAUUCUAUCAGCAGUCAUUGCAGCUUGCACUUUGUUUCUUAUAAUCUAUUGGCUCUCGAAUUGGUAACUACUAGCUCUGCUGCUCUUCAACAACUCAGGGGAAACAAGUAUGAUUUCUUAACUUAGCUUGCUGCCGCUGUACCUAAUGACAUUAAGAAACAUCCACCAAGUGACUAGGAUAGAAGAUUAGAAGGCUUCUUGUUGCUCUACCAAGGCUACGAUACGAAUCCUUCUUCCUUUUGUAGCAUAUCUUUGAAGCUGAAGCAAGAACGAAACCAAGUCACAUAUUGUUAUCAAGGAUGUUGUAUAGGGCUCUAUUCCACCUUAGGUUUGUUGGCACUUAUGGUUGGGGGUUGAUAAAUUCAAGUAUGGUGGUUGAAUUUUUGUGUCCAAAAUGAUCUAUUAGAUUUCUAAUUGUGUUCAUUACAUGCUGCUGGAUCGAUUUCCUAGACUUGUUGUAUGGACCGACGAAAAAUCAUUUUUUUUCAUGA